UGGCUAUAGACCAGUGCGCCGCGGUUCAGUUUAAUAGAAUGCUGUCACUGGCUCUCUAGACUAGGAUAUAAUAGUUUUCUCUUAUUGGUCGGCUCCCAACAUCGCCACCGGGAGAGUGUAUAAAAUGCAUCAUAGUCGCUCAAGAAGAGCAAGUCCAUCUCUGUUCUCUGGGGUGCGGAGCAGCCAGCCACAGCCAUCUCUGUUCUCUGGGGUGCAGAGCAGCCAGCCACAGCCAUCUCUGUUCUCUGGGGUGCAGAGCAGCCACAGCAAGAGCCACAGCAAGAGCCAGCCAGCCAGCCUAGUUCCGCAAACAGUGUGAGAUCCAGAGGAGGCGAGAGAAAACACCUGUUACGGAAGAAUCAAGUCGACAAAGCAGCCUCCACGUCUUCAACAGAGAAACACCCCCGUAUCUCACUUGCUGAAGCCCAGUGGGACCAUGUGGGUUCUGGACAAGAUCCGUGGGUCGGUAGAAACCACUGUACUCCGGAGGGGGGAGAAUGGAGACAAGGAGGGCAAUACUCCAGCCUACAGCAAUGUUCUCACCCCUGAUAAGAUCCCUGACUUCUUUAUUCCCCCCAAGCUGGUCUCCUGCCCCCCAGAGCCUGAGACCCUGGACGUCGUCAAGCCCAAGGAGGGCCUUUGGCUCUCGGCCUCUGAGCAGACCAUUGGCAGUAAGAAAAUCAGCAGUCCUCAAAGUCCUCGUCUGGUUGUCAAGCUGGCUGGGGACACCAAGAACCUGCUGAGGGCAGCAAACCGUCACAUCAUCCAGAUAGAGAGCGCUGAUGAUGUGGUGGCAGGGGACACCAAUGCUGACCCUCAGUCUCAGACUGCAAUGUCACUGCCCUACGUCCCCAAGACCCAGACCUCCUAUGGUUUUGCCACUCUGAUGGAGAGCCCCCACACCCGCCGCAAGGAGUCCCUUUUCCACUGUGACCAGACCAGCCCCCUGACCUCCCCCAACUGCCAGCGGAAGGGGAAGAGCAGCGUCAGCGAGGGCAACCACCUCAACCCCCCUGUCUUCAACGCGUCUCACAACCCGUACCGCUACUUUAGUGGAGGGGAGAGUGACACCUGUUCCUCGGCUGAGUCCUCUCCCUUCAGCUCCCCGCUGCUCUCCCGCUCUGCCUCGCUGCUCAAGAUCUUCACACAUGAGACGCAGGCCAAGGUGGUGAAGGCCAAGAGCAAGUUUGCCCGCCACAGCUCCUUAUCCACAGACGAGUGCAGCUCGGCCGAGCCCAGUCCUAACGUGCCGCGGCGUCUCCACUCCCCUUCCCUCCACGGUAGUGGGCCGUCGGACCGUGAGCACACCAUUAACCUGCAGAAUGGCGGCAGGGUGAGGCUAAGCGCCGACUACGAUGCCGGCACAGCCCGCCUGCGCAUCCGUGUUCUGGCUGCCGAAGAGCUAUACGACAAGGUGUACGACAUCAAGAGCAUCAACUGCUGCGUGUCGCUGUACCUGAACCCUGGCAAGCUGCAGAAACAGAGGAGCACUAUCAUCAAGAACAGCCGGAAUCCUGUGUUCAAUGAGGACUUCUUCUUUGACUCUGUGACCUCCGUGCAGGUGAAGAACCUGGCAGUGAAGAUCAAGGUGGUGAAUAAGGGCACCAGCCUGAAGAGAGACACUCUGCUCGGGGAGAGAGAGAUUCCUUUGGAGAAGCUGAUCCAUGACCUCUAGAUUUGUCCUGGAGAUACAGAACAGAACUUUGACUGACACUGAAUGAGACUAUGAAUGAUAAAGGGCAUGAAUGGAAGAGAUAUAGUUGGGAUUGAUGUUUGCUUGGUGCCCCACAGAGAACUGUCUGAAAGGAGCAGUUCAUUUAUAGUCACUGACUGUUUGGUCUGGUCUAGCAGCUUGUCUCUUAGCUGGUCACCUCCUCAACCUUCUGUUCCCUGAGCCUGCAGCCCUGCACAGUCCAACUUCCAGAUCAUGUGGUGGACAAUCAAAUAUGGCACAGGUCAAAAGACACCUGCGCAUUUGAUUGACUCACUUUUUGUACUCUCUUGAUCUCAACGUUUUAUGUUGCAUAGUUGUAACUUAAUGCGACUCAUCCUCAGACGAUUCAGUGUUAAUUCAGUUCAGCACUACAACACUUUUAUGGAUCACUGGGUCUACUAUAUCCUGCUUGUUGUUGCCAUCUACAGUACCACCUGGAGGGAGGACCAAUUUGUGGUGUGACCACAAUGUCCCAAACCUGGAGGAUAGAGAUCAGACAUCCCCGUAUCCAUCCUCAUCCGCUUGGCAUGAAUAUGUAAAUGCCGUUAUACAUUAGCAGUUUGUACUUCAGUUUCAUAACACUCACAAACCAUAGAGAGAGGGAGAAUGCAUGUAAUUUUAAAGAGUGUUUACCAAGUGGUUGAACUUGAUUUUAUACAUAAAUGUGGUAUUUGUGUGAGACAUGACUCAGCAUGGUGUAUGUGUGAAUUUGUUAUCAAGAUACAACAUUAUGACUUGUUUGUUAAUUGUCUAUUAUGUACUGCUCUCUGCUGGAGAGUGAAUGAUUGGCAGCCCACCUGUGUAGACAAGCCACCAGAUGAGUAGACUGAGAAAGGCAAAAAAAGAACAGUAACACAACAAUAUUUAAGGAUAGUAUUCUAUUCUCUAUUAUAUCCUUCUAUUCUAUGAAGGAUAGUCUUCUAUUCUCUGCAUGUGCUCUGCUGUUUUAAAAUUAAUUAGAAUAAAUGUGGUCUGAUUGCAAUUUCAAGUAGGAGACUGAGGUUGUUUCUGAAGAUGGUUAAAGGGUCAACACAUCGAUCAGUCGGUGAGAUAUGUAGUCAUUUAACCAUGUCAGAUAUCACUGAUGUUUUACAGUAUGUAGCCAGUGUUUUUGUGGGUUACAUUCCUGUUCGAACCUCGACUAUACAAAAGCUCUCCCCAACACCAUUGCUUUUCUCCAAGCUUAUACUUUAUAAAACUCUUGUUGCUGUGUGUGGGAUGAUUUUGUUAUUGUGAAAAAUCAGUAUGAUACUAUAAAGUAAUUUAUUUGUGGGUGUUUAUACUAUCUAUACCUGCUGUACAUGGGUGUGUGCUCACUGAAUUGUAACCAAUCCCUUUUUUGGCUUACAUCAGCAUGACCAAGAAACAUCAAUAUUGUCAGUAGAUUUGAUAAAACUUCAUUUUCGUAGACCGGGUCAAAAUGUAAGUGCAUUUAUGAUAAAUUCAAUUAAGUCAAAAAGUGGGUAGUAUAUUUUUGGGACUGCCGAACAAGGCCUAUUUUUGUCAUUGAUUGUCUUUUCUAGUUUAUUAUAUACAGGACCAGUCUAAAAUUUGGACACCUACUCAUUCAAGGGUUGUUAUUGAUUUGUACUAUCUUCUACAUUGUAGAAUAAUAGUGAAGACAUCAAAACUAUGAAAUAAAACAUUGGCGGUUGGGAGAUUUGAGGCCAGGUCCUCUGAUGCAGCACUCCAUCACUCUCCUUCUUGGUCAAAUAGCCCUUACACAGCCUGGAGGUGUGCUGGGUCAUUGUCCUAUUGAAAAACAAAUGAUGGCGUAUCACUGCAGAAUGCUGUGGUAGCCAUGCUGGUUAAGGGAGCCUUGAAUUCUAAAUAAAUCACAGACAGUGUCACUAGCAAAGCACCCCCACACCAUCAUACUGUCUUUCGGAUGGGACGUUAAACAGGUGUCCUGACUCUCUGUGGUCAUUAAAGAUCCCAUGGCACUUAUCGUAAGAGUAGGGGUGUUAAUCCCGGUGUCCUGGCUUAAUUACUAAACUGUCCCUCAUACCAUCAUGGUCACCUAAUCAUCCCUAGCUUACUAUUGGCUCAUUCAUCCUCCUUUCCCCUGUAACUAUUCCCCAGGUCGUUGCUGUAAAUGAGAAUGUGUUCUCAGUCAAUUUACCUGGUAAAAUAACGGAAAAAUAAUAAAUAAAUAAAUAAAUCUUCCUCCAUGCUUCAUGGUGGGAACCACACAUGUGGAGAUCAUCUGUUCACCUUCUCUGUAUCACACAAAGACAAGACAUUUGGAAGCAAAAAUCUAAAAUUUGGACUCAUCAGACCAAAGGACAGAUUUCCACCGGUCUAAUGUCCAUUGCUCGUGUUUCUUGACCCAAGCAAGUCUCUUCUUCUUAUUGGUGUCCUUUAGUAGUGGUUUCUUUGCAGCAAUUCGACCAUAAAAGCCUGAUUCACGCAAUCUCCUCUGAACAGUUGAUGUUGAGAUGUGUCUGUUACUUGAACUCUGUGAAGCAUUUAUUUGGGGUGCAAUUUCUGAGGCUGGUAACUCUAAUAAACUUAUGC